GGGCCACAAGAGAAGAUGGAAAAUUACCCCCCAGGUGAGGAGGAGUGUUUUACAAACAAAGCACCAAAGCAACGGAGAAUUCACAACCUUUUACACCUGAGAGACUCUGGUGGCAGCUAUGGCAGCUGAGGGUGCCUUCAAGGAGCUCAGCGAUGAAGCUACUUGUCCCAUCUGCCUGGACUAUUUCAAGGACCCAGUGACCAUUACAGAGUGUGGGCACAAUUUCUGCCAAGCCUGCUUGUCUCAGUUCUGGGGGGAGACGGACAGGGACGCGUCCUGCCCUGCAUGUAGGGAAACCGUUCAGCCAAGGAAUCUCAUCCCAAAUCGGCAACUGAAAAGUGUUGUAGAACUAAUCAAGAAACUCAGUCUUCAGGGGGGAAAGGGGACAGAAAGAAAGGAGAGUGUGUGUGAGAAACACGGCGAGCCCCUGAAACUCUUCUGUAAAGACCAUGAAAGGCCCAUCUGCCUGGUUUGUGAUAAAUCCAAAGAACAUGAACAUCACAAGGUGAUUCCUCUGGAGGAGGCUUCUGAAGAGUAUCAGGCUCAAAUCUGCAGCCAUUUAAAGAUUCUGAAGAAGGAGAGAAAGAAAAUUCUGAUGUAUAAAUCUAAUGCAGAAAAGGAAAGCCGGGAGUUGCUUGAGCAAACAAUAGUAGAGAAGCAAAAGACAGUGGUUGAGUUCAGACAACUGCACCAGUUUCUAGAAGAAAAAGAGAAACUUCUGCUGACCCAGAUGGAAGAAGUGGAGGGGGAGAUUGCAAGAAAAAGGGAUGAGCACCUGGCCAUACUCUCCAAGGAACUCUCCUCUCUUGAAAGCCUCAUUGGGGAGAUAGAGGAGAAAUGUCAGCAGCCAGCGAGUGAACUCCUGCAGGAUGUUAAAUGUAUCUUGCAGAGGUGUGAGAAGGAGAAUGAAUUUAAGAAUCCAGUGGCUUUUCCUACUACACUGAAGUGGAAGAUCUGGGAUUUCUGUGAUAUAAAUCCUUUUCUGGAGGUUGUCAUGAAGCAGUUCCAAGACACUUUGGUAUCUGGACUUCAGCUGCAGAAAGCAAAUAUCACUCUGGAUCCAAACACAGCUCAUCGCAAGCUCUGCUUGUCUGAGGAUCGUAAAAGCCUGAAACAUGCACCGUUUACUGCAGAACUGCCUGACAAUCCUGAGAGAUUCAACGUUUCUUAUUUUGUGCUGGGAUGUGAGGGGUUCACAGCAGGAAGACACUUCUGGGAAGUCAAUGUGAGAACUGCGGGUGGAUGGGCUGCAGGGAUCGCCAGAAAAUCUGUGAGAAGAAAGGGUACAGUUGGCUUUGGUCCUCAAGAAGGGGUCUGGAGUGUGGGAAAGUUGAGACAUGGACAGCAUUCUGCAUGGGAAAAGCUGCUAAAUAAGCUAUCUCAAGUUGAGCCAAUGACUUUUGAUCCCCCUGACUCUUUUAUAUCUCUGAGUCGGGAGCCCAAGAGGCUCCGAGUGUCUCUGAACUGUGCUGGGCAGCGUCUGACCUUUUUUGAUGCUGAUUCAGCUACCCUACUCUACAUGUUCUCAGGAGCCUCCUUCUCUGGGGAGAUCCUUUGCCCUUUCUUUUUUCUGGAUACAUAUAGCUGCCUCAGAAUCUGUCCUUGAGACUGACCCAUGAUCUUCCUCACAAGCCCCGUUGGAUUCACUCUCCAGACCAGGGUAAUGAAUAAUAAAACCCAGUUAUUUGUAGACCAAACCCCCCCUUUACAUAUCUUGCUCAUGCCUUGACAGACUUCCUGUGACUUUGACCAAAACUAAGUAACUAAAAUGGAGCCUAAAUUUUCCCUUCUUUGCCUGAGUUCCCCCUUUCCUUGUCAACCUAUUUCUUUAGGAGACUGUAAAAAUAAAUAAAUCGAGUUAGAUCCAAUAUGAUCCAAUCCAAUAUGAAGAUUGUCAGAAUCAGAAUCAAGCCCUUUGAUGCAUUGAUUUUUCCAAGCCCCAUUACUGGAGCUUAUAUUGUAGAGAUAUGUUAGAGUAACAAUAUUUGAACAAGACAAUGAGCCGGGUCUCACAAUCAGUGAGACCCGCUUUUGCCGCUUUUGAGGGGAGAGCGGGCUAAGCCAGCUUUCUCCGCAGACAAUCCCGGCGGGAGCCCUGGGCAGCCGGAUCGUCUGGCCACACGAUUGCUGGCUCUGUGAUGGAGCCGGCAGGGGCUGGGGAGCUUGGGGGCUGCGUGGCCCCCGGAAGCUCCAGGAUGCCCUGCACGAGCGUUCAGGGCAUACUGGGAGACCUUUGGAGCUGAGAGACUGCUUUUUGCCUCCCCUCCGGGGGGGGGUCUACUCACAAGUAGUCAUGGAGCCGUGCCGCAGCUACUCACAAUCGGACAGCCCGGGUUUGCGGAGUGCUCGCCCCGCAAACCUGGGCUAAGGGGAGGGCUAAAAAAGCGGGCUAGCCACAUGUAAACCACCGGGCUCGCCUGCGAUCAGCCCGAUUUGGGCUGAUCGUGAGAAUAGCCCCAACAUUUGAACAAAAACCCACAUUAAAAACAACCCAAAUUCACCACAUCCUUAUGCCAAGAAGUAAAGCAGUUCAUAGUGAAGAUGAAGUGACAAUUUCACCUUGACGUGCCUGAAAAAAGACUUGACCUGGAAGGAGCCAUCUUAAGUAGCCUGAGUCGAGACUGACAAUUCUGAGCCAUUAUUGGCUUUUAAGCCAAAUCUGCAGUUUGAUGGAGUGAGAACAAUGCUGCUUUUGGGAUGAGCCAACGCUGGAACAUAGAAACGGAUUUUUCAACUGUAACCAGUGGGAAGACCUUGACUGUCUCAUCGCUGCCUGAACAUAAGCUACCAUGAUGGGAGAAUCACAAGGUCCAGAUAACCCAACCUUCUUGAUUCAUGCUUGUAUCUAUCUGGCCUUGUUUGCCUAUCCACAAUGGAAAAUUCAAGAACAAAAAGGUCAGUAUUUGAAAAUGCCCUGAGCUGUCAUUACCCAAUAUGGAUAUUUUAUUAAUAAAUAUAAAUAUUGAGGAUGCAACCAAUGGAAAGCCUGGAAAGUUGAAGUAAUUUGGCUGAGGUAUAAAGGCUGAAGGCCUGAUAUGUUGAGGGGAUCCUUUGGGGCCUCUUUUGGCAUCUUUCGGCUUUUGUUCUUAUCUUUUUUUUAGAUAAAUAUUUUUUCAGGAUGAAAGGCAGCUUCUUUGAAGGGCUUUCUCUCCACCUUUCCUGGCUUUUCUCUUUUUAGCCAGAUUUUUAUUUAGUGGUAACAUUGUUAUACUGGGAUGGUGGGGGGUUGCUUUAAGGUGUGAGGAGGGUGUCCUUACCUCCCCUGCCACGUUUCCCCCGCCGGCG